AUGACCCUAUUCGAAGCUGUCUAUGGUCACCCACCCUUACGUGUCAUGUCCUACUUACCGGGUUCAUCUCCAGUUCACCUUGUGGAUACCAUCUUGCGUGACCGUGAUGCUCUCAUCCGCCACCUGCGCGAGAACCUGCAAUUUGCCCAAGCUCGAAUGUGUCUUUAUGCCAAUAAGAAACAUUCUAAGCGAGAAUUUCAGGUUGGUGAUUGGGUCUUCCUCCGCUUACAACCAUAUCGCCAAUCUUCAGUAAGUCACAACAACUGUCGUAAACUGGCAUCUCAAUUCUAUGAACCCUACAAUGUCCUGGCUCGUGUAGGCAAGGUUGCUUAUACUUUGGAUCUGCUUCCUUCCUCCCGCAUCUACCCAACGUUCCAUGUCUCCCUUCUCAAACCCAAGCUCGGCUCUCAUGUGGUCUCUUCUACUGUGCUCAUGCCAAUCUCUGAUACCGGGUUUGUCAUAUAG